AUGUCAUACAACGCGAAAAACCUCGCCUAUGACGCGAAGGAGCCUGCGUUUCUGCAGCGACUAAAGGGCCAAUACGGAAAUACCUCUGGCGGCCUAGAGCGCCCAAUAUCACAACGACCUCGCCGGGUACGAGACGAUAACGAGGAUGACGGACCUACAUACGUCGAUGCGGAGAGCAACGAAGUGAUAACCAAGGAGGACUACGAGGCCAUGGUGAAUGGCGGUGGCGACCAAGAAUCCGAACAGCCUGAGAAUGGUGUAAAGGACAAGGACGCCGCUGCCGAGGAGGCUGGAAACUCCAAGAAGAAGACGGAAGGGUCAACAUCAAAGCAAAACAUGGCAGAGAUUGGAGGACCUCGAAAGCGAAAGCAAGCAAAAGUCGUUGGGGAUGAAGAUGAAGUUCAAGAGCCUAAAAGUGAGCCAGUGCGGCCAAAAGACCCAGGGCCUCGAAAGCCGAAACAGAAAAAGAAGAAAAUAAAGCUCUCCUUUGAAGAGUAA